AUGUCUUCUACCAUCAAUCAAAACCUGGAAGAGCCAAAACUUGGUUGUCUUCCAGUUCGUGGAACUCUCAUCACCUUAUCGAUUCUUGGCCUCAUUGGAUCAUGUCUAGCCAUGAGCGCUGUAAGUGUAGUCGGUUUGGCCCUUUUCGGCGUCAUUCUAGCAGGCAGCUAUUACUACAAUGGCUCGCUUCUCAACGUAUGCGGCAAAGUUAUGAUUUUCUUGACUGGAUUGGCGAUCGUUGUUGCUGUUUAUUUGCUUCUCGCAGAUUUCACAGAAAUGUUACCAGUCGCGAUUGGGAUGGUGAUUUCGGCAGCAUUUCAUUACGGUUACUACGUUAUGAUCAGACGUCUCCGGCAAUAUAUUGAGGCAAAGAACGGAGCUGCAGAGUUACAUUGA